UCGAUAAGCGUAUGUCCGACAAUCAACAUCUCAGCGACCAAUCUGGUGUCACCGUUAGAUAAUAUUUUCUGUCCACCAGUGGAAAGUUUUCCACCCGCCGGGGUCACUUUUGUUUCUUUCCACCGGCGAAAACAAGUUAAUCUUAUUUUCUUCAUCUUAAUCAUGUUCAGAAUUGUAACUGUUACAAUUUCUCGUUAUCGGUGUUUAAUUUAAUUCAGUUUUAAAUAUCAUAAUUUGUGUUUACUUUGAUUAUAUCCAAUUGAUUUAAAGUGAUGAAGUUUAAUCAUUUUCAUCUUAAUUGUGCUUCUUUCUUGGUGACAUUUACUACUAACAAUUUAGUGUUUUCAUUGUGCUUAAUUAAACGUAUCAACUUAAUUAAAUUAGACCAACUUGUUAAUUGUUGUAUAACUUAAUACAAUUUACUAUUGCUAAUUAUUAGCUUUCAUCUUUAAUUAACCAGGAAAACAAUUUAACUCCUUAUAUUAUGGGUAAUGAAGUUGUUCAUUUCUUCUCGAUUUGGUCUCUAUGGUGUUUUGGAAUCACCUUAUCAACAGCACCAAAUAUUGAUUAUUCACACAACAUGAGAAUAUUAAACUUGCCAAAAACAGUUAAACCAGGAACUUUAAUCUAUAGAUUGAAAGGUUCACAUCCUGAUUCGAUACCUUUAACCUUUGGUGUUCGAGGACCAAUAGGACGGAAACUGUUGGACAUUAAAUCAGCUGAUUUUCGAUCAGCCGAUGUAUAUUUAAAAUCAUCAUUCGAGGAAACGGAAUACAAUUUAACAAUUUUCGUCACCGAUGGUAAUCAAACAACCGAAGUUGAUUCUAAAAUUGUCUUCACCGAUACCGAUGGCACAAUAAUAUUAUCGCCGUUCAUUGAUUAUCAACCAAUCUAUUUUGUUAAUGAGAAUGUACCAUAUAAUACAACCAUUGGCUUUGUAAUGGCAAAAGAUAAACAAUCAAGUAAUCUUCCAGUAAUGUUUGAGCUUAGGGGUUCCGAUAAUUUUGCAAUAAGAUAUGUUUUUGGACCUAAAGGAUUAAGUAAAGCGAUGAUCUUAUUAGUUAAGGAAGUUGAUUAUGAGAGGAGAAACGUAUAUCCAAUGACCAUCAUUGUAACGAAUGCUUGGACAAAUGAAACAGUUGACACUCGAAAUGUAGCUUCGGUUGAUAUAUUAAUCGUUGUUCGAGAUGUGGAAGACACUCCACCUCAUUUUGUCAAUUUACCAUCAGUUGUCCAGAUAUUUGAAAAUACAGAAAAGGAAAGUAUAAUUGAUACAAUCACUGCCGAGGAUGGGGACGUUGAAAUCAAUAGGAAAAUUGUUUAUUCUUUAAUUAAAAAUCCAUUUAGUAAUUAUUUCACAAUUAAUAAAACUUCCGGACAGUUGAUUGUGAAAAUUUCAGGAUUAGAGUUGAAAAAUAUUAUCGGACUUAAUAAUCCAUUUAUUUUGAAAAUUAAUGCCACUGAAGUUAUACCUGAAGAGGAGGAAACGGAAAUUGGCCUUUCAAGUAGCUCAGUGGCUUCCAUAGCAUUUGUAAUUGUUGCUAAUCAAAAUCGUCCACCAACAUUUGCAACUAAUCAUUUAGAAGGUUAUAUCGAGGAGAACAGUCCAGUUAUGACUGCUAUUCGUUGGUAUAAUUAUAGUUUACCUCGAGUUAAUGAUUCAGAUUCUGGACUUAAUGGUACAAUGGAUUUAACAUUAACUCAAUUUAGUGUUAAUCACCAGGAGAUAAUUAAUGAUAUAACUAAAUUGUUCAUCAUUCAACCUAAUUGGGGAUUAAGAGAGAUCACUUUCUCCAUCUUACUUGGCUCUCCAUUCACCUUGGAUUAUGAAAAAGGUCCAAAUGAGAUUAAAUUUAAGGUCACUGCCACUGAUCGUUCACCAAUUAAACCUUUGUCUUCGGAAGUGAUUGUCACAAUUAAUGUGAUUGAUGUUAAUGAUAAUCACCCACAAUUUACCCAAUCAAUUUACAAUGUAUCUCUAUACGAAAAUGCUUUACCCGGAACUAAAUUGGUCCAAGUUGAAGCAACUGAUCCUGAUUCUGGUAUUUUCGGUCAAAUUAAAUACACUUCCAUUAACGGGCCCAUUGCCAAAAAUUUCUUCCUGGACCGAGAUACUGGAUUGAUUACUUUGAAAUCUAUUGAAGGAAUUGAUCGAGAGCAAACAUCGGAAUAUACAUUAACCGUUGAAGCUCGCGAUGAAAAUGGUUUUGGAUUAUCUAAUGUCACUCAACUUCAUGUAACCAUAUUGGAUGAUAACGACAAUGAACCGAGUUUUAUUCAGUCUCGUUAUGAUGCUGUACUUAAUCCUGAUGGGUUAACCUUCACUCAACCUUUAACUGUGAAAGCUUUUGAUCCUGAUGAACCUGGAACAGUAAAUAGUAAAAUUGUCUAUGAAAUAAUUGAUGGAAAUUAUCAAGGAAAAUUUGUCAUUAACAAUGAUACUGGAUCAAUAUCGAUAUCAAGUCCAUUGACAUUCGAUGAAAGUAAUAGGAAAAGUCGACUUGCCGAUGAAUUUAAAAGUCAACCGUCAUUUCCAACCAUCGUUUUAAAGGUUCGAGCCCAUGACCAAGGUGUUCCAUAUCGAUUCUCAACAGUGGAAGUUUUCAUUCACCACAAGGAUUUUCUCAAUCGAACUGUUUCAUUUAUUAUUCCUCAAGACGAUUCCAGAAUUUGGAGUAAAAAAGACGAUAUUGAAAGAGGAUUAACAAGAUUAUCUGGAGCUGAUGUUCAUAUUUAUUCAAUCAAAUCUUUCUCGUUAGGACCCAAAUCAAGUCAAAUCGAUGCUUGGAUAGCAUACCCCAUGCAUACUAUUGUUGAUCUGCGGAAUUUGUUUUCAACUGUUACUGAUUUAACGGGAACUAUUCCCAUCGAGCCCAAAGAUCCAGUUCUUCGAGAGCCUAUUCAAACUGCGGCCGUUUAUCGAAAUGAUUACGAGCUCGUUUUGUGGAUUCUUUUGAUUUUAAUUGUUGUCACUUUGCUUUUCUUGGUUGUUCUUCUUGCUGUUUGGUGUACUUGUUAUCGAAAUGAUCGUAAAACAAAGACCGUUUUGGAAUCUAUCGAACCUGCUAACAGAAUCAUAACAGUAAAAGAUAAAUCAACUAACCAUUUGGAGCAAAAUGGCUCCUUUUUACAACGAUCAAAAGAAAAGCGAUCCGUUCAUGAGACAAUAGUUGAUGAAGCUUAUCAAAUAGACGAUGAGAGUAGAGGUGAUUCAUCAAGAUCCAAUGAAGAUGGUACAAGAUCGGCAGAUACGAGAAAGCGAGAAUUGAUAAACGAUAAACAGUCAAAAUUUAAAAGAAUCAAAUUAGGUCGCAAUAGAAGAGUCCGAGUGACUCCGGAAAUAAUUGGUGAAGCAGAACCUAUUUAUUUGGAAGAUUUUACAGAUGAUCCAGAAUAUUAUAUUAUGAGGAGGCCGAAAUUGAGAAGACCACCUCUACCACGACAUGAUAAUGGUGAUGAAAAUGGACAAUUGAGACAAAUAUCGACUUCUGAACCAGGAAUCAGCUAUGUUACAAGUGGAGUCGAUGAUAAUUUUUACCUUUUCUCUCGCCGAUCUGGCUCAGUUCAGAGAAUUGGAAAUAAUUCUUCUGUGGAGUUUUCAUCGAGAGCAGGUAUUCACAGAGGAGGAUCAUUAAGAGAGCGUAACCUUUACCCUGAUCACUUAACGGACCACUUACGAAGCGUAAGCGAGGCUGAGAUUCGUGAUUUGAAGUUAGAAGAUAUUGAAGAUCACAAUCCAUCAUCAGAAGUGAGACUGAAAAUUCCCAAAGAAUCUCAAUCAGAUGAUGAGUAUAUUCCUAGAAGAAGUGCUCAGUCAAGUAUUCUACCGAGUCUUGAGGUUUCAGGUCCUCAGAUUAGAUUUAUAAAUGAUAAAGAUCACCAUGAAAUUGAACGCAAAUCUGACACAAAAAGGGAAUCAAAUUCAAGCAGUAGUAGCAGCAGCGAUAGUACUAAAAGUAGUUCCAAUUCGAGUGAGAAAAGUCAACGUCCGGUUGAUUCUAAAGCUAGCGAUUUACUUGAGAGUCUCAAUAGUACAGAGAGAAGACUAUUCAAUCGAAGUCCAAGUGAAACAUCUAAUAUCGACAUGGGACUUGUUGACGGUGUGGUCACUCGAACUGGUACAAAUUCAGCUUUAGAUUCACAAGAGGCAAUCGAAUUUCCAUCAAGAUCUGGGGCUACUAAUCAUAUGGGUCUCAACGGAAAUCAAAAUGGGCAAUUAGAAUCCAGCUCGCAAAACUAUUCGCCCUUAUCUUCACCAGAAAAUAACACUGAACCCAAGAAACUAACCACCGGAGUAGUGACUGUCAAUCACAAUGGAACCACAAGCAAGUCAAGUGGACAUGGAGAUAAUUCAGAUCACUCAGAUAAAUCAGAUUCAGAUUCAGGUAUCGGAGGAAGAAAUAGAUUGGAUAAGAAAAUGAAUCUCAAAAAUAGUGAUCUGAUGACAAAGAAAAGUAUCUUUACAAUAGCAUUUGAUGGAGUGAAAACGGAUAGACUACAAUCAGCUGAUUCUCUUCCUCUAACUCCCUAUGUUUAAUCAACAGAAACAAAAGAAAUCAAAUUUCUUUAUUUUCAGCAGAUAAUCGAAGGAUAAAAUGUUCUGUAAAUAUUGUAAUCUUCCAACUGUGAUAAUUGUGUUCCACAAAAGAUUUGUAAGACAAUUCGAGUUUAUCAGAAAAAUAUCAGAUUGAAUUAAAAGCUAAAUAUUAUAA